AUGCCGGAUAAAACGACAAGUGAACUUGAACUCACGGAUAUAAUAAGAUCUACCAAAAAUGAUGACACUGCAGAAAAAGUCACAAUGCAGGAGAGACUGAAGAAAUUCCUCGACUUUUUCACAGUGGAACCAUUCUUGUUCUGUUACAUCCUGCCCAGUAUUAUAGUGGGGGUGGCUACCCAGAAUCUGAACAUGGUUAAAGCCUGCCAAGCGGACCUGGGUUAUCCAGAAAGCAUUUGUGAAAAUGUCGUCGACAAUUGUAAUGAGAAUGAUACUGUGGCCGCAUGCACUGAAUCACAGAAGUUAGUAGCAAAUAUGCUCGCCUGGAGUCAACCCUUACAAAGCAGUUUGCCAGCGAUUGUGAUCUUAUUCGUUGGAGCAUGGAGUGAUAAGACAGGGAAUAGGAAAGCCUUGAUGCUUAUUCCCAUUUUAGGUGAAAUUGUUUCGUGCAUCGGACUAAUACUAGCCACUUAUUUUACUCACUGGCCAUUGUGGUUUACUGGUUUAAUAGAAUCUGUGCCUUCAGCCCUUUCUGGUGGUAUGUCUAUCGCGUUGAUGGGUUCUUACAGUUAUUUAGCUGAUGUUACAAGUGUGGAUUCGCGUACUUUCAGAUUGGGACUUGUGGGUAUCAUCGUUACGUUAGGAGUUCCCUUAGGAUCGUCUAUUAGUGGAAUUUUAGUUACUACAUUAGGGUAUUAUGGUGUUUUUAGUUUGGGGAUUGUGUUGUAUGCUCUUGGAUUUCUGCAGACCUAUUUCAGGGUACAUGACGUCAAACACGAGCCUCUACAAGGAACGUUUUUCAGUAAAGUGAUACAGUUCUUCCACCCGAUGAAUGCGUGGGAUACAUUUUCGAUAGUAAUCUUAUCACGGGGCAAAAAACUAUUACAAAUAUUGCUUAUAAUUUUCGCACAUAUUGUUGUGAUUGGACCUGUAUUCGGUGAGGGUCCGUUACUGUUCUACUAUUUGACAAGCAAAUAUGAAAUGAGUGUUGUGGAUUUCAGUUUAUUUACAACUUACUCGGUUCUUAUGGGAAUAGUAGGUACGUCAAUAGCAGUCACACUUUUCAGCAAGAUAUUAAAAAUGCACGAUGCCAUAAUUGGUACAAUUUCCACCACCAGCAAAAUCCUUGGAAGCUUCUUCUACGGAUUGGCGCCGACUACAAAAUGGGUUUAUUUUAGUCCCAUUCUUGAUAUCUUUGGGAACUCGGGGACUGCGAUAGUCAGGUCGUUGGGGACUAAAGUGGUUGAACCUGAUCAAGUUGGCAAAAUGUGUUCCCUAAUCGGUUUUGUAGAAGCCGUGAUUCCCGUUAUUUACACGCCUAUAUAUAGCCAAGUAUACUCUUCGGCCCUUGACACGUUUCCCGGGGCGCAUUACCUUCUUGGCGGCGCCAUGACCGUGCCGGCUCUCUUCAUCUUUAUAACAUUAUACAUAAUGCACAGACGCGAACAGAAAGACGUCGUUAAGGACCCCCAAGCCAAGGAGAUGCAUGCACAUGAGAAUGAUACCGUAUUGUAA